GGCGCUCACUUCCGGCUUACAAUGUCGGACUCGGAAAGUGAUGAGGAGCGGCCGUUUUCAAUCACAGGCUUUCUGUUCGGGAAUAUCAAUGAGGACGGACAGCUGGAGGAUGACUCGGUGCUGGACAAGGAGUCAAAGAAGCACCUUGCAGGGUUGGGGGCUCUUGGCCUUGGGAAUCUUAUUACAGAAAUCACCUCCAGUGUAGACGAGGCCGCAGAAACUGAAGGGGUGAACGUGGAUGAAGAUGGUUGGGUUAAGAGUACUGACGAUGCCAUCGACUACUCUGAUAUCAAUGAAGUGGCAGAAGAUGAGUCUCGAAAAUAUAGGCAAGCGAUGGGAAAUCUCCAUCUCUCUCGAAGAGCAGAUGAUGAUGAUGACGACUAUGAUGCAGACUGUGAAGAUAUUGAUUCUAAGCUGAUGCCGCCGCCACCUCCUCCCCCAGUCACAUGUAAGAAAGAGGAGGAAAAAGGAGUAGUACCAAUAAACUCUGAAGAAGGGGAUGGAAUCAUACUCCCCUCCAUCAUUGCUCCAUCCUCCGCUUCCUUGGAAAAGGUGGACUUCAGCAGUUCUUCGGAUUCUGAGUCUGAGAUUGGCCCUCAAGAGCGUGGACCAAGUGAGGGGAAAGAGCGGAAGUUGACUUUACCGCUUGCUGGAAUAAUGCAGCGAGAUGGCACCAAACCUCUUCCUAGUGUCACCGAGCUUUUCCCAGAAUUUAGACCUGGCAAGGUUUUACGCUUCCUUCGACUUUUUGGACCUGGGAAAAAUGUCCUGUCAGUUUGGCGCAGUGCACGCCGAAAACGCAGGAAGAAGCACAGAGAAUUAACCCAGGAAGUUCAGACAAAGGAGGGGGAAGAAGCAGAGACUGUAACUGAGAAGAAGUCUUGUUGGGAAUAUGAAUAUGCUCCACCGCCACCACCCGAACAGUGCCUCUCGGAUGAUGAGAUCACCAUGAUGGCUCCUGUGGAGUCCAAGUUCUCACAGUCCACUGGGGAUACAGAUAAAGUUGCAGAUACAAAACCCAGAGUAGCAGAGUGGCGCUAUGGACCAGCUCAGCUGUGGUAUGAUAUGCUUGGUGUUCCUGAAGAUGGCAGUGGAUUUGAUUAUGGGUUUAAGCUGAUGGAGCAGAACGAUGAUGACCAUACUGACGACAGUGCUGACAAUGACAUAAAAGACAAGAAACCGGAGGAAUCCACAGAGACUCAGUUUCAAGAUGAACAUUUCUUGAUGGUAACGCAGCUCCAGUGGGAGGAUGAUGUGAUAUGGAAUGGGGAGGAUGUGAAGCACAAAGUUACAAAGACCCAGAGGGCCAGCUUAGCCGGUUGGCUUCCCUCCAGUAUGACUAGGAAUGCCACAGCCUACAAUGCUCAGCAAGGACUGACUCGAAGUGGAUCACUAUUAAAUCUGCCAACGCCUCUAGUGCAAAAACCCACCAUACCUGGUUCACUGAUUGCUUCUAAAGGGAAGGAAAAACACCCUCCAGAACAGCAAGCAUCUGUUGAAGAGGAUCGCCCAUGGUUUUCAAUUUUUCCUAUUGACAAUGAAGAACUGGUGUAUGGACGAUGGGAAGACAAUAUCAUCUGGGAUGAUCAAGCCAUGGACAGGAUCUUGGACCCUCCCGUUUUAACAUUAGACCCCAAUGAUGAAAACAUUAUACUGGAAAUUCCAGAUGAGAAAGAAGAAACUACAUCAAAUUCUCCCUCUAAGGAAAGCAAAAAAGAGUCCUCGCUAAAGAAAAGUCGAAUUUUAUUAGGGAAAACUGGGGUAAUCAAAGAGGAACCUCAGCAGAACAUGUCCCAGCCAGAAGUAAAGGAUCCCUGGAAUUUAUCCAAUGAUGAAUUUUACUAUCCAAAACAGCAGGGUUUACGAGGAACUUUUGGAGGAAACAUUAUUCAGCACUCUAUCCCGGCAGUGGAGCUCAGGCAGCCUUUCUUCCCUACACACAUGGGUCCAAUGAAACUCCGGCAAUUCCACCGUCCUACAUUGAAGAAAUAUUCAUAUGGGGCCCUGUCCCAGCCAGGAGCGCACUCUAUGCAAUCUCUUCUUAAGCACAUCAAGAAGAAAGCAAAGAUGAGAGAGCAAGAACGGCAGGCGUCUGGUGGCGGAGAGAUGUUUUUUAUGCGUACUUCACAAGAUCUCACAGGCAAAGAUGGAGACCUCAUCUUGGCUGAGUACAGUGAAGAAAACCCACCAUUAACGAUGCAAGUCGGCAUGGCAACUAAAAUCAAGAACUAUUACAAGCGGAAACCCGGGAAGGACCCUGGUGCACCAGACUGCAAGUAUGGAGAAACGGUAUAUUGUCACACCUCCCCAUUUCUCGGCUCUCUGCACCCAGGGCAGCUCUUACAGGCUUUUGAAAACAAUUUGUUCAGGUCUCCAAUCUACUUGCACAAGAUGCCUGAAACGGACUUCCUCAUUAUUCGCACUCGUCAAGGCUAUUGUAUUCGUGACCUAGUGGACAUUUUUGUAGUUGGUCAGCAGUGUCCUCUCUUCGAAGUUCCUGGCCCAAACUCUAAAAGGGCCAACACACACAUCCGUGAUUUCCUACAGGUGUUCAUAUAUCGUCUGUUUUGGAAAAGCAAAGACAGACCUCGUAGGAUUCGUAUGGAGGACAUAAAAAAAGCUUUUCCUUCGCAUUCAGAGAGCAGCAUCAGAAAGAGGCUUAAACUGUGCGCGGAUUUUAAAAGAACAGGAAUGGACUCUAAUUGGUGGGUGUUGAAACCAGAUUUCCGCUUACCAACUGAAGAAGAGAUUCGUGCGAUGGUAUCCCCUGAGCAGUGCUGUGCCUAUUACAGUAUGAUUUCGGCAGAACAGCGUUUAAAAGAUGCUGGAUAUGGAGAAAAAUCAUUUUUUGCCCCAGAUGAGGAGAAUGAAGAAGACUUCCAGAUGAAGAUAGAUGAUGAGGUCAGAACUGCUCCUUGGAACACGACCAGAGCAUUUAUUGCUGCUAUGAAAGGCAAAUGUCUGCUGGAGGUGACUGGGGUUGCAGACCCAACCGGCUGCGGAGAAGGAUUCUCUUAUGUGAAGAUUCCUAACAAACCAACACAACAGAAGCAAGACGAUAAAGAGCCUCAGCCAGUGAAAAAGACCGUGACCGGAACCGAUGCAGAUUUGCGAAGACUUUCCUUGAAAAAUGCCAAACAGUUGCUCCGCAAAUUUGGAGUGCACGAGGAAGAGAUUAAGAAGCUGUCUCGCUGGGAAGUAAUCGAUGUGGUGAGAACAAUGUCCACUGAGCAAGCGCGCUCUGGGGAGGGACCAAUGAACAAAUUUGCUAGAGGAUCACGAUUCUCAGUGGCAGAACAUCAAGAAAGAUAUAAAGAGGAGUGCCAGCGGAUAUUUGAUCUCCAGAACAAAGUCUUAGAAUCUGCAGAAGUUUUGUCCACAGACACAGAUAGUAGCUCCGCUGAAGAUAGUGACUUUGAGGAGAUGGGCAAAAACAUUGAGAACAUGCUACAGAAUAAGAAGACGAGCUCUCAACUGUCCCGAGAGCGAGAAGAGCAGGAGAGAAAAGAGCUGCAGAGGAUGUUGAUGGGGGAAGACAGUGGUAAUGACAAAGAGCGGAGCCGAAAAGACAAAAAAGACAGAAAAGGGUUUUGGUCAGGUACUCCAGGAGGCUCUCACAGGGAUGAUGACACUGCCUCAGUGACCAGUUUAAAUUCAGCAGCUAGUGGACGUCGGCUGAAAAUCUACCGCACCUUUAGGGAUGAGGAUGGAAAAGAAUAUGUACGAUGUGAGACCGUGCGCAAACCAUCUGUCAUUGAUGCUUAUAGUCGUAUCCGUACCACUAAAGAUGACGAGUUCAUCCGGAAAUUUGCCCUGUUUGAUGAGCAACAUCGUGAGGAGAUGAGGAAAGAAAGGCGAAGAAUCCAAGAGCAGCUUCGAAGACUGAAACGCAACCAAGAAAAAGACAAACUAAGAGGUCCACCAGAAAAGAAACCUAAGAAAAUGAAGGAACGUCCCGACCUGAAGCUAAAAUGUGGAGCUUGUGGCGCAAUCGGCCAUAUGAGAACCAACAAGUUUUGCCCACUAUACUACCAAACCAAUGCUCCUCCAUCUAAUCCUGUGGCAAUGACUGAGGAACAGGAAGAAGAGUUGGAAAAGACUGUGAUACACAAUGACAAUGAGGAGUUGAUUAAAGUGGAAGGAACUAAAAUAGUUUUGGGCAAACAGCUUAUUGAAAGUGCGGAUGAGGUUCGUAGGAAAUCCUUGGUCUUGAAGUUCCCUAAACAGCAGUUACCUCAAAAGAAGAAGAGAAGAGUAGGGAGUACAGUGCACUGUGAUUACUUAAAUAGACCCCAUAAGUCAAUACAUCGUAGAAGAACUGAUCCCAUGGUCACGUUAUCUUCAGUCCUUGAGUCCAUCAUCAAUGACCUGAGAGACAUGCCCAAUACAUACCCUUUCCACAGCCCUGUUAAUGCUAAAGUAGUGAAGGAUUACUACAAGAUUGUGACAAAUCCUAUGGAUUUACAAACAUUAAGAGAAAAUGUGCGCAAGAGAAUGUACCCAUCCCGUGAGGAGUUCCGGGAACAGGUGGAGCUAAUUGUUAAAAACAGCGUCCUUUAUAACGGACCAAAACACACAUUGACUCAAAUUUGCCAAGAAAUGCUGAACUUGUGUGAUGAAAAGCUGAGAGAGAAAGAAGACAAGCUAGCAAGACUGGAGAAAGCGAUUAACCCAUUGCUGGAUGACGAUGACCAAGUCGCCUUCUCCUUUAUCUUGGAUAACAUUGUAACUCAGAAGAUGAUGGCAGUGCCAGAUUCAUGGCCUUUCCAUCAUCCAGUCAAUAAAAAGUUUGUUCCUGAUUACUAUAAGGUCAUCAUCCACCCAAUGGAUUUGGAGACCAUUCGGCAGAACAUUUCCAAACACAAAUAUCAAAAUCGAGAAGUCUUCUUGGCUGAUGUUAAUUUAAUCUCUGCAAACAGUUUUAAAUACAAUGGGUCGGACAGCCAGUAUAGUAAGACGGCACAGGAAAUUGUCAAUGUCUGUAGCCAGACUCUGGCUGAGUAUGAUGAGCAUUUGACACAACUGGAAAAAGACAUUUGCACAGCUAAAGAGGCAGCCCUUGAUGAUGCUGAUCUAGAAAGCCUGGAUCCAAUGACUCCGGGACCUUAUACUCCUCAGCCUCCUGACUACUAUGACACAAACACAUCCCUGAGCAUGUCCCAGGAAGCUACUUUCUACCAAGAUGAAAGCAAUAUGUCAGCCACAGAAGCAGCUACAGCUUCAUUGUCGAAGAGAAGCUUGAUGAGACUAGGAAGAAAUCGUCUAGGGGAAGAUGAUUCAGAUAUUGACAUUGAAGGAUAUGAAGAUGAAGAUGAUGAUGAUGAUGAUGAUGGGAAACCUAAGACUCCAGCCCCUGAAGUUGAAGAUGUUGAUGGAGAUUUGGCUGAGGAAGAUGAGAACACAGUACAGCUGCCUCAGGCCAGUGUGUUAUAUGAAGAUUUAUUGAUGUCAGAUGGUGAAGAUGAUGAUGGAAGUGACGAGGAAGGAGAUAAUCCCUUCUCAACCAUCCAGCUUAGUGAGAGUGGCAGUGACUCGGACAUUGAGUCAGGAGGAAUCCGACCCAAGCAACCCCACAUGAUGCAGGAGAAUACCAGACUGGGGAUGGAAAAUGAAGAAAGCAUGCUGUCAUAUGGGGAAGGAAUGGAGACCUCACAAGGGAUGGAAGACAGCAAUAUGAGUUAUGGAAGCUACGAGGAGCCUGACCCAAAAUCUAAUACCAGAGACACCAGUUUCAGUAGCAUGGUAGGCUACGGGUUGUCGGAAGAAGAGGAGGAUGAGGAAGAGGAGCGUCAUGGGCCCAAUGUACUCCGUCAGAUCCAGCUAUCAGAAGAUGAAGAAGACAGUGAAGAGUUUACAUCAAUACAUGGAGACAGUGACAUGGACUCGGAUAAUUAAAGAAAGGAGAUGUUAAACUUCCUGUAUAUAGAACAUGCAUUAUGAAUACUUAAUUUUACUGUGUUUUAUGUUAUUGAGUAUGUCUGAACAUAUGUAUUCAUGCUAUUAAUACACUUGUCAUAAAAUGUACAUGUGGUAAGAAUAUGUGAAGUAUAGCCUUCUUAAACGUUGGGAGCAGCUCUGUAUCAGAGGCCUGUUUUACGUGACGCAGCAUACAGCUGAAUUGCCUUUGUAAAUAUGUGCUUGACUGUGCAAAUAUUGGACCUGAUUUAUCAUAGAGCUGCAUUUUACGCCGGUCUAUGAUAACCCCAGCUCUGCCAGAGGCUGCGCCUCAUUUAUAAUGAGGAGCAGCCUUCGGCAGACCAUGCGCCUGAACUAAAAAUCUAGAUUUCAGUCUUCUUUUACGCCAGAAAACUGGCGUAAAAGAAAAUAAAUGUGCCCCCUUUUCAGGAAAGUAGCAAAGGCAACGGAGAAAUGCCACUUGCACAAAAAUGUUUGCACAAGUGGUGUUUAAAAAGUUAAAACACACAGUUUGCAACUUUUUCACGCUAGAAAACUGGCAAAAAAAAUAAUGAUAAAUCAGGCCCGUUGUCUUUGAGUUUCCAGUGUAAUCUACAAAGCUUUUCAUGUAC